AUGGGGUUCACACUUGGCGAUACAAAGGCCACUGCAUUGGGAUUAGCUCUCAAGUGGCACUGGACAAAAGCAGAGGCUGUCCAGCUACGUGACACGGCGUUUCGUAAGCUUGAUGAAAGGAUUGCUGAAGAAGUCCUGGACAGGGAACUCACCUCUUCAGACAGUGGUGUCACCGUCAGAUCCUCUGUGGUAUCGGGAGACGUGUAUGACUUCGAAGAAAUCAAGAAGGCACUGGAGGGCAUUGCACCUACGCCUUACGUCGAGUCUGUUGAAGUUGUUCGAAGGACGAACAAGGAAACAUGGGAUGUCCGUGAGAUUCUUUAG